UUUAUCCAUGGAACAGUUAGUGUUAGAGAAUCACAAAAAUAGGUAGCCAUAAGCGUAUAUCAUAUUUUAGCUAGUUAAGUAAAGUAAAUAACAAAAUAUCUACCUCUUGAAUUUUAAAAUGAGUUCUGAUAUUAAAUCAUUGCAAGAAUUAAGCUUUGAAAAUAUUAGAAAGCAUUUUUCCCGUUAUACAGCAGCUUAUAAGCAUACAACAAAUGAAACUUUAACAAAGAAUUUAUUUUUUUUGCAACGUAUCUAUACACGCAGUUUGUUUUUUGACUUGGAACAAAAUAAAGAACUCAAGGAAGAGCAUUUUGAUUUCCUGUUAAAUGAAAACCUGAAGAAAUUAGAUCUUGGGAUUUUGCUCAGCUGUUCUACUAAUGAAACAAUUCUUGAUAAAGUUCUUCCAAUUGCUCAUAGCCUACUUGAACUGUCUUGGGAUUAUGAUCACAGAAAUGCAGAUGAUUCUAUAUCUAUAUUUUCCAAAUUAAUCCCUCUUUCCAAUAAUGUUAAGAAAAUAAACGUUCCUUACAUCUGCGACAACGAUUUGCUGAAACUGAUAAGUUCUUCAUGUCCGAGCCUCGUUGAGCUGAGCAUUGAAGAUUCAGUUACGGUCACAGGUGAAGGAAUCAAAGCACUCUGCUCGAAUCCCGACGGCCAAAUUCAAGCUAAAUGUCCUCUGAAGUAUAUGAAUCUGGCUCAUAUAGAGGACGUGUCAGUCGAGGAUGUUGCCUUUCUCUUAAAGAAUUUACCAACUCUUGAAGACGUUGUUUAUCCCAAAUUGCCCAAUGCCAUAGAAUCUAUACAUUUAUUAGAUAUUGAUAAUAAUAUUGUGUCAGAAAAAUUCAAUUUACAGUGUCUUGAUUUUAUUCCGUAUGAGGAUUCUUUGGAAAUAACUAGACUUUUGACUGUGUGUGCCGAAAGAUGCCCAAAGAUAAAGAAGCUUUCGGUGCCAAUUUCGAGCGAGGAGGAUUUAGAACUUGUUGCUCGUUUUUCGAAUGUCGAAAAUCUUACUAUUGUAUGUUACGAUGUGAUGGAGUUGAAUAGCUUUCUGAUAAGUAAAGGAAAGAAUCUGAAAAUUCUAACUGUAGAUAGUUUUUCGUUAUCGGUGUCGAUAUUAGUGGAGAACUGUCCAAAUUUAGAAGCGCUUACCUUAAAGACUGUUCAAUACCAAGGGCUGAAGGAUAAAAAGUCGACCAAAGUAUUGCACCGAUUGAAGAGCCUGCAGUUGGAGAGUGUUGUUUUCUUGGAUUAUCACUGCACGGAUAAUGUGAUGAUGCUUUUGAAUUCUAGUCCCAAUUUAGAGAGCCUUUCGCUGCUCUACUGCGAUUUCAGUGAAUCCGACAUUGUUGCAAAACUCUCAACAUUCUCUCUGAAUUGUAAUCUAUCACACUUGCACUUCGACUUCUCUGACGUUGGAGUCGACCUUCUUCAGCAGUUUAUCUUGAACUGUAACUCACUCAAAAGUCUGUCUUUGGAUAAUUGCGAAAAUAUAAGCCUGGAUGACAUUUGCAUGCUCAAUCAGACCAUAGAAGCUUCCAACAGGAAAAUUCUGAUAAAUUUCGCGGAUGAGAGUGACUUUUCAUAUAGUGAUUAUGAAGUGGACUACGAUGCUGAUGAGAACGAUUACGAUAUCGAUGAUUACCCUGGAUUCGAAUUGUACGAUGAGUAUGAUGAAUACGGUGACUAUGAUGAUUAUGACGAAUAUGACAAUAUUCCUCACGAGUUUUGGUAAUAACAUAGUUUAAAAAUAUCUCUUGAUAUGUUAAUAAAUUUCUUCUAUUUGUUA